CCCCCACCUGCUACCCCCCGACGCCCCGCCCAUCCCUGCCGCUCCACACUCUGCGGGGCCCACUGCUGACGCUCGCAGGGGGAUGGGGGCAGCAGGGGGAGGCGCAGGGGGAAGCGGAGGGCAGGGGGAGGACCUAGUGGCAGCGCAGGGGGAGGAGGUGGAGCAGGGGGUGGGAGGGGGAUGCAUGGGGAGGGGCAGGGAGGCAGGGCGCUGUCAGGGCAGCAGGGCGCGCCUGGGGGAGGGCCAGCUAGUUCAGGUGGCACCCCAGCUGUUUCUUCAGGUGCUGCUGCUGCUGCCGGGCCGCCCAGUUGCGCUGCCUCUGCCCGGCGCCCCCAUGGGGAUGGGGAUGAAGCCCGGCAUGCUGCCCCCGCACAUGCACCCCCACCCCAUGUUCCUGCGCAGCCCCCCUGCUGGCGCCGCUGGCCCCAUGGGCGGACCCAUGGGCGGAGGGAUGGGGGGAGGCAUGGGUGGAGGAGGAGACGGGCAGAGGGGCGGGCAUGCGAAGGAGGGGGAAGGGCGUGGUGACGAGGAGAUGGCGCAUGGGCAUGGGAAGGAGGGGCGUGGUGACGAGGACGCGCUCCAUGAGCUCCAUGAACGCCCUCCCACGCCGACUGCCGACUUUGAUGACGAUGAUGACGUGGCGGCGCCAGCUGGCAAGGGGCAGGAGACGGAGAGGGGUGAUGGGGAGGAAGACGGUGGUUUGGAGGAGCGGGAGGAAGCGAGGGGAGGGGAGGAGGCAGCAGCAGGAGGGGGGGAGGAGGAAGAGGAGUAUGAGGAUGAGCUGGCCUUUGAGGGGGAGGACUUUGGAGAGAUGUAUGAGGAGGACGAGGAGGAGGAAGGAGGGGGCGGUCCCGAUGCUGCUGAUGCUGAUGCUGCCUCUGGCGUCGCCAGGCCAUUCUCCCCGAGAGGCCCGCCUCACCAGCACGAGGGCAGGUUCCAUGAAGGGGCGCGGUACGGGGGAGGCAGGGGCAGGGGCGGGCGAGGAGGGCCCUUGCCCCCAGGGCUUGCACACGCGUAUGGGGGGAGGCAUGGCCGGCAUGGGCGGGGGAGAUGGAUGGGCGGACGCAUGGGGCCCAGAGAUAUGGGCAUGGGCAUGGGCAUGGGGAUAGGUAUGGGGAUGCCGCCGGGGUUGGGGAUGGGCAUGGGUGGGCCAGGUCCGGGUGCAAGUGGAGCAGGUGGCAUGGUGAAGGGGGGAAGGAUGGUUGCAGGGAGUGCGGGGGGGAGGGAGAACUAUGGGUCCCCCAUGGGGUAUGGGCGAAUGGCUGUCGACGCACCACUUGGCAGGAUGGGAGUGGAUGGUGGAGGGUUCAGCAGGAGGGGAGGGGAGAUGCUGGGGCGAAGGCAGGAGGAGGUGAGGGACGGUGGGGUGGGGGUGGGAGAAAGGGCGGAGAAGGCAGUGGAGGGAGACGAGAGGAGGGGGGCAUGGCGAGAGGAGCGGGAGGAGAGGGGUGAGAGAGGUGAGAGGGUGAGGGAGAAGUGGAAGGAUGAGCGGGAGAAGGAGAGGGGCUUUAAGGAGGAGCGUGGAGGGAGUGUGGGUCCGGAACCAGAAAGGAGCGGGCGGAGCAGGGUGAAGGAAGAGAGAGGUGAGAGGAGGGAGAGGGGUGAGAGGAGAGAGAAGGACGAGAGGAGAGAGAAGGAUGAGAAGGUUGAUCGUGGUGGAAGGGGUGAUAAAGGGGAGAGGGGAGGGCGAGAGCGAGAGGAGAGGGAGGGAGGAGGGGAGAGGGCGAGUGAAGAGGGGUUGAGAGGCCGGGAAAGGCCGAAGCAGAAGGGAAGGGAGAGAGGAGGGGAGAGGGAGAGAGGAGGGGAGAGGGAGAGAGGGGAGAAGGAGAGGGAGCGGGAGAGGGGAAGGGAGAGGGCAACAAGUGUGGGUCAGGAGCGAGAGAGGGAGGCGGUGGGGAAGGGGGAGGAGAGGGCGGGGAUUAAAGGGGAGAGGGAGUGGAGGAGAGGCGAGAGAGAGGAGUGGAGAGGCAGUGAAGGAGUGGGGCGAGAGGGUAUUGGGCGAGAGGAGGUGGGGAAUGAGUUUAUGGGACGUGAAGGGAUGGGGCGCGAGGGUGCGGGCAAAGAGGGGCCAGUGGCAGACCUGAGAGUGAAGCUGCGUGAGGAGAAGGGCAAGGCGGGGCGAGGCAGGGAGAAGGAGGGCAGGGAGAAGGACGGGAGGGAGUGGGAGGGCGAGGAGCGGGAGGAGAGGGGCCGGGAGAAAGGGCGAGGGCGGGAGGAGAGGGAGAGGGGGAAGGAGAGGACGAAGGAGAGGGGGGGGGAGGAGGAAUGGAGGGUCCAUUGGAGGAAGCAGGAGGGGAUAGGAGGAGGGGAGGGGAGUCACGAGGCGGGGAGAGAGGUGAUCGGCACGCGCACAGGGGCCCACCACCUGGGGAGGACGGCAGGAGACCAGGUACUGCCCCUCACUCCCCUUCUCCCGCUGCUGCAGACAGUGCUGCAGCUGCUGCUGCUGCUGGUGGCACUGCUAUGCGUCGCAGUGCUGUGCAGCGCACAGACGGGCAUCUGGUGGUGCAGAGAGAGGGAGGGGGGAGGAGGAGUGGGGAGGGGGAGUGAGGAGGGGAACAUGCCAAGUGGUGCUGCUGGCGCUGGUACGCCAGAGGGAGCGCAAGGGGCGGCAGCAGGGGAGAGCAAGAUGGAGCGGCCGGCGCGCAAGAGACGGGAGGGAGGCGGCGAGGGGGUGGCGGGCAGGGAGGAGUGCUGGAGCAUGGCGGCUAAGAGGCUCUGCUUUGCUGUGGAGCUCUCCUGCGAGCGUGGUGACGGAUGGAGGCUGCUGCUGCUACAGGGGUGGACGUGCUGCCAGGGGGGCGAUGCACGCAGCAGAUUGCAGUGAUGAGCCGCCAGGGGGGAAUCUCACGAGGUGUCUUUCGAGCCAAGAUGGGCAUGGCUGCGUAGCGUACCGGGUGUGAAGGCAUGGCUGCCGCAGCGGGUGUGUGCAGCCACACAUGCCCACCUGUGUGCAUGCUUGCCGCGGCACACCCACUGCUCUUCACAUCCCCGUCAGCACCUGAGCAGACUAUGGCAGCGGCCGGGCAUGUGGUUGGUGCCAAGAAGGUGGGCAUGUGGUUGGUGCCAAGGAGACGUGCCUGUGUGCAAUUGUGGCAGGUGGGGAGUGCGCCAGGGCUGGAGGCCAUGCGGGGUGGAGGCCACAGUGCUGGCACGACUGCCCAAGGAGCCUGGUGGUGCUCGAGUUCUCUUCCCUUGAAUCAGGCUCCUCGGGAACAAGCUGCUUCUCUCAGACACUUUCUCCUCCCACCCUGCCUGCCUGUCCGCCUGCGUGCUGCUGCGUGACCCUGGUCACAACUCUGUCCUCUUGCGCCCUCCUGCUGCUGCUGCCACUGCUCUUGACAUCUGCAGUAGCAGCAGGAGCAGCCCCUUGCCUGGGCUCUAGCAGCCUCUGGAGUCUGGAGUCUGGGACUUCUGCCCAGACAGAUGCUCUCUGCUCUGCAGAUGACCUUUGACUGACCUUUGACUCGCUUGACUUUGCUUGACUGGACACGUGCUUGUUUUGCGACUAGGUAUGUGCAUAACUGUUUGAAAGCUGCUGCAUGCAUGCGUAGCGUAGGCCAUGUUUUGACGCAGGAAUGCAGGCUGCAUCCACAGCAGGUAGACACGGCAUCUGGAAGCAGAGGAGGCAGAGGAGUGGAUGGGGCAAUGGCCGUACAUAUCAUCAUGCAGCGCUGCCCCUGCAAGUGCCACCACACCACACCGCACCACACCCACUGUCUCUCAGUAGGUUCCCUGUGCUGACGACGACCUUGCAAGGCACACGGGGCAGCAGACUGGUAGCCUGGUAGCACAUGCCACAGGGAAGCUGUAUAGACUCGUAGCAGCACUUAGUGUAGAAGCUGGUAGGGUGCAGAUAUGUGCUGCAGGUGCAGGGCCACGUAUAGGCAGUUGCUACACAAUGAUAGAGGAUGCUCGCUUGCAGCCCUGCAGUAGAUACAUGCCGUAACACGGUACGGCAGCGGUGGAGAUGUGGGAAUGGCCAUGCAGUUCGGAGUUCAGCCCAUGGGGGAAUCGAGUGGCUCUUGAGCUCAGCAGU